UAAUAUUUUGAAAUUGUAGAUUUCUAAAGCAGUGUUUUUGCAACUCUGUGGUUAAAAAAACAAAGGAGUAUGGUGCAACAUCUUGAACUACAUACAUAUUGUGCACGCUGUUCUCUCUCUCCCUGAACGUGUUCCCAUCAAAUGCGUUUAUUUCACCUGUGCGCGCGUUGCGGCUGUUGCGUUUCCAUGGCAACAGCAACACAGCGGCUCUCCGUUUGUCCGGUCAGACCCGAAAGCAAAGCGUGGACACCUUAUUCUAGCGUCUAGUUCCCGACUUAAACGCGACUUAAAAGCAAACAACACGUUGUUAUAUUUAUCAUAGUGGUCCAGUUUACUCGCUGAGCUGAACCCAGUCGUAACAUUAGGGCCGCUGAAUUGAGCAAAGAGAGCAGCAUGUCUGAAGUCGAUGAGGACGCAUUCUUCUCGGAUGAAGAGGGCGAGGAAGAGCAUCAACAAGAAGCCGAAGAGGAGAAGGCACCGGUUUGCGUUUUGACCCAAGAAACCAUAGAGCGGGGACUCUCGUUGCUCUGCCGAACAGGAAAUGGACUUGGACAUGCAUUUGUCAAAAUGGACCUAAAAAACAAUGGUCUGAAUGACAUUGCUGCAAUCGGCAGUUAUCCUCACCUACGUUUUCUGGAUGUAUCCAACAACCGCCUUGUUGACCUUUCUCCUCUGGCAUCUCUCACACAGCUGCUCUGGCUGAAGGUUGACAAUAAUGCUGUGGAAUGCUUCAAAAGGCAACCUUUAGCUCAGUUGACCUACUUGCAGUGGCUGAGUAUGGCAAUGAACCGGCUAACAGACCUGGACGGCCUGGUCGGGCCGGCCUUGGAGAGCCUCAAUCUUACAGGUAACAGUAUUAAAAAAGUGGCUGGUCUUCAGAGUAGCUGUUUUGCAAAUCUGGUAACUCUGGAGCUGAGGGGAAACCAAUUGGAUACCACGGAUGGCAUCAACCUUCCUAACCUGCAGCAAUUAUAUCUGGCCCAAAAUGUUAUCAAGCGUUUGGAGGGUUUAGAGAAGUUGGAGCGCCUCACCACCCUUCACCUUCGAGAUAACCAGCUGGAUACUCUGAAUGGCCUCAGCUCCAACAUGAAGUGUCUCCAGUACCUCAAUGUCAGAGGCAAUGCCAUCUUAGAUGAGAAUGCCCUGCAAUGCCUUGCACUUAUGUCAAAAACUCUGCGAGCUUUGGUCCUUUCUGACAAUCCUCUGGUGGAAACGACAGACUACCGGCUGAAUGUACUGAUUCUCCUGCCACAGCUGGAGCAACUUGACAAAGAUCCUGUGUCCCCUGAGGAGAGGACUGAGGCCUGUGAGAAAAGCAAGGUAAAGCUAAGAAACAUCUAAUUUUUGUUUGUGGCAUGCUCAGACAAAAAACUUCUCUUUUGCUGGUUGUUUUAAUGCCAUGAGUGUCCUUUCAGGUACUUUAAGAAGAGUUGGAGCCAUAAGAUUUGCAAUGAUAGCAAAAAUGAGGAAGUGUUUGACUUCCUUGAAAACUGUGAUUGUGUUGUGUGAGAAGUAUAGGCUACAUCUUGAUAGCGUAUCUGUGACAGAUGCACUUUGUAUCUGUAAAAUGUAUAUAUAAGGGUUGCUUCAUGUUCUUACACUAGUACACCCUACAUCUAUUUUUUGAAAAAUACAAUUUUGAAAAUGUUUUUUUCUCUUGCAUCCAUUGACAUGUACAAAUGCAGAUAAUCAGCAAGUUGCAGAGCAAUGUGCCAGUAACUACGGAAAGAGAAAAAAUGGAAUAUUUGAACCUCGUUUUGCCUCUUUGUUUCCCUGAGUAAGGAUGAGAGGGCAAAUUCCGCCACCAUUUCCGUGUUGGCAGCCAUCCAGUUCAGCUUUAAAGGGACAGCGACAUGCAUGUAUGGAAAAUCCCCACAUAAACUGAGCUGUACUGGUCUUCAAGCACAGCGUAUGCAUAUUGUAUCAAAUAAUACAAUUAUUUCUGAUUAAUAGUUGUACUUAAGUUAUCAUUCAUAUUUCCAUAGCUCACAUAAUGUUGCAAACAACCAGGAAGCCACCUCUUUAAAAAGACUGCCCGUUUUUGUAGGUCUUCAAAGCAUUGGUUGCAAUUGUUGUCGUAUUCCAUGAUAAUUAAAAAACCAAGCCAUAUAACUUGCUUCAGUUCUCCA